ACAUAAUGAUGAUAGCUAGCUCAUGUUGAGUGUGUGAUUAUAACUAUAGAAACUGUGGCUAUAGUAAUUCAAUUAUAACAAGUGGGCAGCUACCUGCACUCUGUUACCAAGACAAUGUGAAACUAUGCAGCUCUAUAUAUAGUGAGAGCUGCAUGUAGGGUCUAAGCUAUAACAUUUUCUAACUCUAGUAGGAUGUGGGUUCUUAGGCUCGUUUGUUUUGAGGCCUUGCUUGUAGGCCAAGUCUUUUCUCAAGAAUUACCGGCAGAUGCUUGUGAAAGAUUAACUGAAGGAAACUUGGGAACCACGGACUUGUCCUCAACUGGUUUGGUGUCUGCCGCUAUUAUCACAACAGUUGGUGAUGGCAUUGUCGUCUCUACUCGUCUGAUUCCUGGUAGCAUACAUAUUGUGUGUGAAGCCCAGCAUGAGAUUCGAGACAGAUACAGAUACACAUCAGCUCUCUUUUCUUAUGUCUGUACCACUACUGGUAACCGCACGCUUGCAUUCUGUGAUAAUUCUGCAGUCAUCACAGCCCAACUAACUUUGAGCUGUGUGGAUCGUGCCUGGUCUCUCACUCUCCUCGGCACUAGUGCUUCUCCCUUAACACCAAAUCCUGUGGCCACUGCUUCAACUUCACUAGCCUCUACUUGUUCAUUGUGCUUUCCUCCAGACAAUACUUUUGUUAACUUUUUACAGUUGGUGGUUUCAGAAGUUACCCAUUGUGUUGAAUGUGACUGUGCUGUUGGUCUUGGACGCUGUUUUGGCUCAGAAAUUAGUGACCAGACUUGUUGCAACUACUUUAGUGAGAGUAGUUGUGUUGAAAACUGCCCUCUAGGUCAAGUAUCUGGUACCAACUUUGUAUGUGGGUACGUCUAUCCCUCUACUAACAGUACAAGCAUAACACUCUCCUCUUCAGUGUCGGAUUCAGCCAAUGCUAGAGUGAAUACAUUAUUGCCAACACCGUCACAAGCGCCAACUCAUUCAGCGUCAGAUUCAGCCAGUCCUAGCGAUAUUGCGGUAUUGUCAACAGUUACACUAUUGAAAAUAUCAACUCAUUCGGUGUCGAGUUCAGUCAGUACUAGCCUGACUGCAUUUGUGUCAAUUCCUUUAAAGUCCGAUUCGGUUAGUUUUUUCAAUAUUGCAGUUGUGUCAACUCUGCCGCAAAUGCCAACUCUGUCGUCAAUGAGUCCUAGCGAGACUGCAGUGGUGUCAACUCCAUCACAAACUACUUUGGCGUCAAAUUCAGUCAGCACUAGUGUGUUGUCAACUCUAUCGCAAACCCCAUCUCCUUCUGCGUUGAAUUCAGUCAGCACUGGUGUAUUGUCAACUCCAUCACAAAUAUCGACUCAUUUGGCAUCAAAUUCAGUCAGUACUAGUGUGUUGUCAACUCCAUCACAAAUUGCAACUCCUUCGAAGUCCAAUUUGGUCAGUUCUAUUGAUAUUGCAAUUGUGGCAACUACAUCGCAAAUGCCAACACCUUCAUUGAAGUAUUCUGUAAGUCCUAGCAAUAUUGCAACUCUAUCACAAACCCCAUCUCCUUCUGCGGUGAAUUCAGCCAGCACUGGUGUGUUGUCAACUCCAUCGCAAACCCCAUCUCCUUCUGCGUCGAAUUCAGUCAGCACUGGUGUGUUGUCAACUCCAUCGCAAACCCCAUCUCCUUCUGCGUCGAAUUCAGUCAGCACUGGUGUGUUGUCAACUCCAUCGCAAACCCCAUCUCCUUCUGCGUCGAAUUCAGUCAGCACUGGUGUGUUGUCAACUCCAUCACAAAUUCCAACUCCUUCGAAGUCCAAUUUGGUCAGUUCUAUUGAUAUUGGAAUUGUGGCAACUACAUCGCAAAUGCCAACACCUUCAUUGAAGUAUUCUGUCAGUCCUAGCAAUAUUGCAACUCCAUCGCAAACCCCAUCUCCUUCUGCAUCGAAUUCAGUCAGCACUGGUGUGUUGUCAACUCCAUCGCAAACCCCAUCUCCUUCUGCGUCGAAUUCAGUCAGUACUAGUGUGUUGUCAACUCCAUCACAAAUUCCAACUCCUUCGAAGUCCAAUUUGGUCAGUUCUAUUGAUAUUGCAAUUGUGGCAACUACAUCGCAAAUACCAACACCUUCAUUGAAGUAUUCUGUCAGUCCUAGCAAUAUUUCAACUCUAUCGCAAAUCCCAUCUCCUUCUGCGUUGAAUUCAGUCAGCACUAGUAUGUUGUCAACUCCAUCACAAAUGCCGACUUCCUCAAAGUUCGUUUUGGUUAGUCCUAACGUGAUUGCAGUGGUGUCAACUCCAUCCCAAACACUAGUUCAAAUAGCAGCAAGUUCUACCACAAGCAUGGCCAUGAUUCAAGUUGCAACAGCAAACCAAGAAGCAACUAACACAGUUUCAGCAGCUCCAUCCCCCACAAGCAAUUAUGAGUUCGAUGGCGGCUGUGAAUUAGAUCUUGAUUUGACCUGGAGUAUAGAGUGGCCAAACACACCCAGCGGCUCAACUAGCACACAGCAAUGUCCUGGAGGAAACUCUGUCACUGGCCAAGCAACAAGGCUCUGUAAUAGUGAAGGAGAAUGGGAGGAUCCGAAUGUAUUAAGCUGUCAGCAAAUGGAGUUUAUGGAAAUAGAAGUCAAGACCUCUAACCUUCUGUCUGGCACCCUGGACUCCGCUACUAUUGUAGCAAACACGGUAGUGAUCACUCAGCAGCUAGCAGUGAUCACUGAAGCUAAUACCACUCCACUGCUGCUGCCCUCUUCCCUCAACACGACUAAUCAAGUGUUGACUGUUGUUAUUAAUGCCCUGGAACAAGUGGGAAAUGAUACAGUAACCACAGUAACCAACGAGCUUAUUGUGGAUGUCUUCAGUAAUAUCUUGGAGAGAAAUAACUCAAUAAUUUGGAUGGCUUUGCAAGAGAAUACAGGAGGUAGUCAAGUGCUUCUCAGCAACGUGGAGAGGUUUAGUGUACUGGUGGCUCGCUCUCAGAGUGGAAAUGACUCAACCGAGCCUGUCAGAAUAUCAAGGCCCAAUAUUGCGAUUUCUGCUAAGCUGUAUGAUGGAUCUCAAAAGGAUGAGCUCAAGAAGAACCUAACAUUCCCUCAAGAGGAAGAUUUGGCAAACUAUUCCUUUUCAGCAUUUGUUCCCGCUCAGAUAAGUAUUCCUUCAGAGUUUCUACAAGAGAGGCUGAGUCAGCAAAAUGGUAGUAGCCUGCCGGUUACGUUCAUCCUGCUUCAAAACCUAGAGGCUUUCCUUCCCUCCUCUGCUCGUGGACUAGGUGACAACACUGGAAGUGCUUCAGUGGUAAUCUCCUCUCAGGUCGGAGAUAGGAGCUUCAUUGGUGCAUCUGUAUCUCUCAAAGAAUCUCCGAUUCUCUUAAAUUUCAGUUUCCAAUCUGUCCAAGUUAAUAAAAGUACAGUUCAGUAUCAUUGCGUUUUCUGGAAUUUCUCAAAUCCUGUUGGAAACGGAGGAUGGAUUACUGAUGGAGUGAACACUGUGGGGAAUGCUUCAGAUGGAGCAGGCAGGAGUACUGUUAAUUGUACAAGUUCUCAUCUAACCAGCUUUGCAAUACUCUUCACUGCUGUUAGAACGAAUGAAACCAGAGGAGAUGAAUUUGCUCUUGAAUUGGUGUCCUAUAUUGGCUGUGCUAUCUCCAUCAUCAGUCUUCUGCUUGCUGUCAUCUUCUAUCUUGUUCAAGGGAAGACGUUGUUUACUUCUGUCCACAACUUUGUUCAUCUGAACCUCUGUAUUUCACUGCUUCUAUCCUAUUCCGUUUUUGUUGCUGGAGUGAGUACUGCCGUCGGCGAUACUGUUGGAUGUGCGUUUGUUGCUGCUCUACUGCACUACUUGUUCCUGUCCACUUUCUGCUGGAUGUUGUGUGAGGGAGUGAUGCUCUACCUGAUGCUGGUGGUGGUGUUCAGUCAGCUUGCAAAGACAUGGUGGUUCUUUCUACUCCUCGGUUAUGUGACUCCUAUUCCAAUAGUUGCUGUAACAGUGGGCAUCAGGUGGCAGUACUAUGAAACCCUUGAUGUCUGUUGGUUGCCACUGGCAGAUGGAACUAUUUUCGGAUUCAUUGUACCAGUUCUUGUCAUUAUGUUGAUUAAUUUUGUAUUCAUUGUCAUUGCCCUGAGGGUGAUUCUGAAGAACCAGAAAGAAAGAGCUGUAAGGACAGGCAGGAAAGACUCUCAGAGUGGAAAACAGAAAAGUAUUGCAAGAUCCAUUUUACUGGCCACUGUUGUCCUUCUUCCUCUCCUUGGUCUAACUUGGCUAUUUGGUCUCCUCGUGAUCGUUGCUACAUCACCUGUCUUUGAUUGGCUCUUCACAAUACUCAAUUCACUCCAGGGCUUGGCUAUACUAUUCUUUCAUGUGAUCAGGACUGAUAAGGUGUGGAGUAGAAUUGGUCCGCAUUUCUCAUCUGCUUCCAAGUGGUUCUCAACACAUUUUGGGCAUGCGAGCAGAAAGUUCAGAUCGAUGACAAGAUCUUCUGCUUACACAAAUAAGUCAAAGUCUAUUUCCGAGCUCAAGGACACUGGAUUGGGCGCACUAAGGUCAACUCUCCCUUCUGACAGCACUCUUAAACAAGUGCCCUCCUCAAGCCUAAGCUUCACUAACCCUCAGUCUCAAUUUCAUUCCGACCCGGUGAAAGAAGACUUCGCCCUGUCACAGGAGGUUCCUAUGGAAACUAUGGACUUACAAGAAGUGGAAGAUGAAUCAAUUCAUUUUAAGUUUAAAUUUAAAGGAGCCACGGUAGUCGUCUACCCUAAUGCUGGUGUAUCUACUGCAGAAUUAUAAUUAUAGGCCUGUAAAAACAGUGUGAAGUAUUACUUCUAUCGAUUAGUUCAUAGUUUAUAGUGUCAACGAACAUGUAUUGCUAAACCUUGACAUUAAUUUACACAUAUCAAAAUUAUCUGUACAUACAUCCAAUCAGGAUACAGUAUAAUUAUUGGACAAUUUG